AUGUCUGAGUCCCAGGUCAAGGUCAGCUUCUUCACCAAGGAAGACGAUGAGUCACUCCAUACAUCAGACGCUCCGUUGUUUGUGCCCGUAUCCUUGAAAAGAUACGGUCUCUCCGAGGUGGUCAACCAUCUCUUAAAGACAGAAACUCCAGUGCCAUUUGACUUUCUUAUUGACGGUGUUUUGUUACGUUCAUCCGUCGACGAGUACUUGCUUAAGAACGGUUUAUCUUCUGAAACUUUCUUGAACAUCGAGUAUGCUCGUGCAGUGCUUCCUCCAUCGUUUUUGGCCUCAUUUAAUGAUGAAGAUUGGGUGUCUUCUCUCGACACUAUCAGUGCCACAUCUGAAGCUGUUCUGGCUGUCCGUGGUGCCGUCAAUGUUGCUCCACAGAUCCUUGCGGGCUCCUACGACGGAAUUGUCAGAACUUACAACAUGUCUGGCCAGGUUGAGAAGCAGUAUGUGGGCCAUCUGGGUCCUGUGAGAAGUGUGAAAUGGGUUUAUACCCACCGUAUAGUUUCUGCCGGUAACGACAGACAAAUCCGUUUGUGGAAGACAAGCAAUGCCGAAACCGAAGUGGAAGACGAUGAUGAUGAACCUGAAUUGGCAAAGACUUUGGCAAUUCUUGAGUAUCACAAGGCUCCAGUAGUGGAUCUUGACGUCAACCAAACUUCCCACAGAAUUUUGUCGGCGGGAGGUGAUAAUGUGGUUGGUUUGUGGUCCACUGUUCCAAAGGACAUGACGGUGGUUGAACCAUACGGAGGAGAAACAGCCGGAGCAUCUUCAGCAUCGAAAAAGAGAAGAAAGAUGGCAUUGCAAGACUCUGGAAUUAAGCACAGAGCACCAUUGGCAUUGUUGGAGAGCCAUACGCAGCCGGUAGAGGGUGUGAUUUUCGAUAAGUUCGACUCCUCCGUGGCCUACUCGGUAUCUCAGGAUCACACCAUCAAAACUUGGGAUUUGGUGACUUCUCGCUGUGUGGACACAAGAUCGACAGGAUAUUCGCUUCUCUCUGUUCUCCAAUUGCCAGAUGUUAACCUUAUUGCCUCUGGAUCUUCUGCUAGACACAUCAACUUGCAUGAUCCAAGAAUACAAGCUGGAGCCACCGAGAAGCACAUCACCAAGCUUUCUGGCCACUCCAACUUCGUGGUGGACCUUUCUGUGUGUCCAACCAACGGAAAAAUGUUUGCAUCUGCCUCUCACGACGGAACUGUGAAGGUCUGGGACGUGAGAUCGGAAAAACCCUUGUACACUAUUUCUCGUGAAAGUGGUGGAAAGGACAAGGUGUUUGGCGUUUCUUGGGACAAGGAAAUUGGAAUUGUCAGUGGUGGAGAGGACAAGAAAGUGCAGAUCAACAAGGGCGACAACAUCGCCAACUAG